AUGUUUAACUUUCUGAACAGCUAUGCUUUGAGGCUGUUGUGCCCCGUUCGCAAGAGAAAAAUUCGUAGGUACAGUCAGCAGCAUCUCUGGGUACGUGAACAUGAUGCUAACAACACUGAAGUACCAGAAAAUGUUGUUCAGAGCUCAAAUGCAACAAAUACGCCAACAACAAUAAAUAGUAUCCCUAACGUUCCGGUCAGUAAUAGGUUUGAACCUCUUUCUACCGAAAUGGAAGACGAACCUGACGAAACAACAGUUGCUCAUCAACCACCUCCAAUUAAAAUAAAAGAACACCUGCCUCCAGAGGCGGAACACGACCGACUUACUCUAACACGUCCCUAUCUCGCAAAAACUACACAACAUGACUUACGCACAGGCAACGUGUACUAA